AUGUGCUGGAGAGCCCCAGGGAGGGCCCAGCCCUGCGGGCACCUGCGCCCCAACCAGUCCCUCACUGUUUUCACGGGACCUGAUUCAUCCCGGAAGGGAUUAGGGACCAGGGAACCGGGUGACGUUCUGGUCCGACCAGCCCGGCUGCCCCGGGAUGGACAUCGGCGUCAGAGCCGGUCCCUGCUGCUUGCUGCCCCACCCCCCAUGGCGUGGGGCCCCGUGCCCGCCUGCCACGGUGAGGUUUGGUGCAGGGCGGGGCACCUAGGGAUAGAGGGGCUGUGGUGGGUGCGGGGUGGGGACCAGGGGCAGGAGGCCCCCGCCUGCCACGCCUCCAGGUCCCGGCACCAUCCCCAAGGCACACCAGGGCCGGCGUGGCUCUGUCUCUUGCUCCUGCUGACUGCCCGCGUGCCCGCGGCCGGCACCAACCCCGGCAUCAAGGCCCGGCUGACCCGGAAGGCAUUGGAAUUCGGCCGGCAGUUUGGGCUGGAGCUGCUCCAGUCGCUGCUGCAGAAGGAACACGAGCUAAACCUGACGGGCUCCUACUACAGCCCGCUCCUGGGGACAUUCACCUACGCUGUGCCCCGGAUCCACAUCCACGAGCUGCAGAUAAACGACUCUGCCGUGGACUUCGCCGAGGACGUGGGGGUGAGGCUGACAGUGCAGCGCGCCCGCAUCUGGCUCAGCGCCGAGUGGGGAGCCCAGCUGGGCGCCAUCCAGGACAAGGGCUCCAUCGAGCUCCGCAUGCGUGACCUGGCCGUGGCAGCGGUGCUGGGGGUGAGCGUGGAUGGCACUGGCCGCCCCAUGGUGUGGAGCGCUGGCUGCGACGCCCGUGGCACUGACCUGCACAUGGAGUUUCACCAUGGACACAGCUGGCUCUACAACCUGCUGGCACCGCUGCUCCAGAGACCUCUGCGGCAGGAGCUGAACAAGCAGCUCUGCCUUGAGCUCCGCAGGGGCAUCCACAGGCUGGAGGCUGCCCUGAAGCACAUGAAAGUGUCCACCCAGCUGGACCCCUUCGCUGCCAUCGACCACUCCCUGCUGGGGCGGCCGGCCAUCAUGGCAGAGCACGGGGACGUCGCCCUCAAGGGGGAGUUCUUCAGGGUGGGCAAGUGUCAGCAGAGACCCUCCUCGGCGCUGCCCGUGGCGCUGCCCGUGGAGUUGCCUGCAGCUCUGCCCACUGCACUGCCCGCAGCGCACGAGCCCAUGCUGCUGCUGGCCAUCACAGAGUUCGUUGCCAACUCGGCCGCCUUCGCAUACUUCACAGCCGGGGCCCUGCACAGGAACAUCUCCAGCAACAUGCUCCCGCGGCGGUUCCCGCUCCAGCUGAGGACCAAGAGCAUGGGGGUCUUCUCCCCGCAGCUGCAGGAGCGCUACCCAGACCAGCCCAUGGAGCUGCACCUCUCGGCCCGCCGGCAGCCCCUGCUCUCCUGCCACCCCGACGCCCUGCACGGGGCCCUCUUCAGCUCCGCCGAGGCCUUCGUGGUGCUGCCCAAUGCCACCCGCGUCCCCGCUUUUCUGCUGAACAUCGACGCCAACGUGACGGGGAAGCCGACCAUCACCGGCAACAGGCUCGGGGGCACCGUGAGCCUGAGAGGGCUCAGCGUGGCGCAGGUGACGUCGCAUGUGGGCCCAGUGGAGGUGAGACGGGGCAGCCAAGGGGAGCCUCGGGCUCUGCACCAGCCUGGGAGCAGGCCCGGAGGAGCGGGUGUGGGGAGGGACGUGCACUGCCCCGCAGCAAUCUACAUUCAGAGGGAGGAGGAGGAGGAAGAGGAGGACGAUCCCUUCAAACCGGGCACAGCCCUGGGCCUGACACACCGAGACCAGCCUCAGCUCCCAGCAGCUGAUGUCCAGGGAGAAAGGGGCUCGGGGGCUCACGCGAGGCCUCCCGGCCUCUGCCUCUUCUUCCUGGAUCCCUCACCACGACCGGGACAAGCUCUUCCCCGGGGAAGCGGGGACAGGAUAGGGAUGCUGCAGGGAAGCUCCGUCCCGUUCGGCAGCCUGCCUCUUCCCGGGGCCUGA